CCUCCUCCUCACACAAAUCAAAGCACAACGGAGGGAAACCCCAUGCCAUUGUCCGUCCGUCACACUUACCCUCUCCACUGACGCUCUCGUCUCCUCUCGUCUCGUUUCCCUCGCCACCAGCUCGCGCGGGAAAUGGCGUUGUAGGCUGGAGCUGGAGCUGAGCAAGAACUGGAGCGAGGAGGGAAGCUAGGGAGCUCGGACGGAGAAUGGGCUGCUGCGUCAGCAAGAAGCGCGACGAGCUGCUGCAUGGUGCGGCGGCGGCGGCGGGAGGAGAGGUAGAAGCUCCACGGCGGCGGGUGGAGGCUCGCGACCCGCCGCCGACGGAGGAGGAGAAGGUUAAGGAGGUGCUGUCGGAGACACCGACAGCCAGCGCCAGGGCGAGGCCGAGGCAGAGGCUGAGGAGAGUGGAUGGGGCUGUGGCGCCGUCGGUGGAGCGGGGUGGAGGGGAGAAGGUGCCGAGGGGGAAGGGCGGCGGCGGCGGAGGUAGGGCGAGGGAUGGGAGUCGGGCCCGUAGGGCGGUCGGGGCGGAGCGUGCCACCAGCGAGAAGUCGGAGGCGGCGUCCGAGUCGUCGGUGGCGACGACGGCUACGGGACCCGAGCGGUCCCCGGGGAAGCCGGCGAGGAAGAGGGCGGUCGUGUCCGGCGAGCUCGGGCGCGCCAGGCGCGACCGACCUCCUGCGGCUCCAGGCGCCGGUCGCCCUGGAGGAGGCCGCGCGUCUCCCUCGCCGCCGCCUCCGCCGCGGCGCGAGCCCGGUGACCGGCCCGGCCGGAGGUCCCCGUCACCUGCCGCGAAACGGCCACCGGACCCGCGCCGCGCCGCCGCCUCCGCCACCGGUGCCGCGUCGUGCCCCCAGCGGAAGCCACCCGUCCCCCCGAAGCCGUGCGGCCGCGCCUCGCCACGUCGCGCGCAGGACACACCCCCGCAGCAGCACUCGCCGGCGUCGUCGACGACCACCACGCAAUCGCGCGGGCCUCCUCUGCCUCCACCUCCACUGCCACCGCAGGCAAGCGCACAGGAGGCCGGUUCCUCCGCCGCCGCCGCCGGCGACGGCGACGGGAAGGAGUCGCUUGACAACCCGUCGGUCGCAAUGGAGUGCUUCAUAUUCCUGUAGCACUACUAAUCCCAUUCAGUCAGUAAUUAAUCACUCCAGUGCUAAUUAGGAGUAAUUAAGCUUAGGAGGUGUUCUUGAUAAUACCGUGAGAUCACGCUGGUAAUUAAUUUCGUCUCUGGUGAUGGAUUUUUUUUUAUCCCCGGGAAGAAACCAAUCCCAGCUUUAUAUUAGCAGUGCCGUCCGAUACAGAUUGGAUGGCCUGGAUGUGCUGCUGUUGUGGUGGUCUUGGGUGUACUGGAUGAGAUGUGCUUCUGUAUGAUCUUGUGCAACAUUGAAGGCUAAAGCCACUGCUUGUGUUUGAUGGCAUCCAUGGCCCUCCAUUUUGGUUUCCUUCUUCUUCCAUGGUCCAUCAAACGCUGUGUGCACUUGGGGCAUUCAUUGAAUGAAUCCUUGCAUAGUGUAUGUACAUGUUCGAUGACAAAGGCAGCAGUUAAGUCGCUGUGACAUGUCCUGUGGAACUGAAUUGCCGAUGCAAUGCAUAAAAUCGU